AGUUUAUUGCUGGUCCAAAAUAGAAUAUAGUAGCAAACAAAACAAAUAGCUAAUAUUUGGCGACAGGUGACAACAGACAGCUGCGAUGCCGGUGAAAAUGUACGAUGUAACAGCGCGCGUUUUUGCCGCAAUGCAGACGCUGGAUAUCACAUCCCUGGCUGGCUAUCCGGAGCAGGAGAUACGGCCGGUGUUGCCAUCCCUGGUGCGGAUGAGUCUGUUAUCGCCGCUGGACAACACGGAAACCUCAAUGGAAUCACGCAAACAGAUUCUGGCCGUGCUCAUUGGCAUUGAGGUGGUCAAUAGCAUUGUUUCAUAUUUGCAGGUGAAUUACCAUGAGCUGGAGAAUGAUCUUAAAAAGGAACUGCAGACGCGUCAAAAGAAUGCCGCCUUUUUUGAUGCGGCCACAAAUGCCGGCGGUUCCAAUGCCGGUUCCGGCUCCAGCUCACAACAACAACAACAAGCGCAGCCGGAAUACGGCUUGCAGUCCGGCAUUGCGUUGGGUUUCGAGCGUGCAGAUGUUGCCCGUAAAGUGCGUGUUGUGCUCUCCGAGAUUUUCAAUCUGCAACAGCAGCUGACUACGGCGAAUAGCUCCGGCAACUCUGCCGCAGAUUCCUCCGCCUCCGGCUCUGGCUCCGGGUCUAAACCCACGCCAACUGUUUCACCCGCUCACUCGGAGAUUCUGGAUGAUGGCAUCUAUUUGGAGGAGGUGGUGGACAUCUUAUGCAUUGCUCUGGCAGAGUUGCCAUCCCUGCUUAACAUACUAGAGUUGACAGAUGCUUUGGUUCAGGUGCCCAAUGGACAUCGCAUUGUUUGUGCUUUGGUGGCCAAUUUCCCGGAUUGCUAUCGGGAUGUUGUCUCCCAUGUCAUUGCCAAUUGUGAUGAGGAUGCUGUGGAUGGGAAACAGCGUCUGCUGCUCCUCAUGUCCCUCAGCGAGAUGAAUCCCUCCCAGGCGUUGGCCAAUCGAUCCAUGUGUGUGGACAUGAUGAAGGUUCCCUCCUUUAUGCUCAAACUGGCACUCAAACAUCCCGAUGAUCUGAUUGCCUUUUUGACUGGUUUGCUGCUGGGCAACGAUCAGAAUCUGCGCUCCUGGUUCGCGCUCUACAUCCGGACGAGUCAGAAGCGGAAGGGAGAUGCACUGAAUCUGGUGCGUGUCGAGUUGCUGCAGAAGAUUGUGAAGAUUAGCAGCAAUGCGGCCGAGAUGAAGGACUUUAAUCUACAGGGAGCGGUCUUACUUCGACUCUACUGUGCACUGCGCGGCAUUGGAGGACUGAAAUUCAAUGAUGAUGAGAUAAAUGCCUUGUCCCAGUUGGUUACCAGCUGUCCACAGGCCACCGCAUCGGGUGUGAGAUUUGUCACCUUGGCUUUGUGCAUGCUGAUAGCUUGUCCCUCGCUGGUUUCCACAAUUCCGCUGGAGAACAAGGCGGUGGAGUGGCUGCAGUGGCUAAUCCGUGAGGAUGCCUUCUUCUGCAAGCGUUCCGGCACGAGUAGCUCUCUGGGAGAGAUGCUGCUGCUGCUGGCUAUACAUUUUCAUAGUAAUCAGAUUACAGCCAUCUCGGAAAUGGUCUGUUCUACGUUGGCCAUGAAGAUACCCAUACGUCCGAACUCCACAAAUCGCAUUAAACAGUUGUUUACCCAAGAUCUCUUCACGGAGCAAGUGGUGGCAUUGCAUGCGGUGAGGGUACCAGUUACACCACAUUUGAAUGGCACCAUUCCGGGCUAUUUGCCGGUGCACUGCAUCCAUCAGCUGCUCAAAUCACGCACCUUUCUCAAGCACAAAGUGCCCAUUAAAUCGUGGAUAUUUAAGCAAAUCUGCAGCUCGGUUCGACCCGUACAUCCGGUCAUGCCGGCUCUGGUCGAGGUCUUUGUUAAUACCUUAAUCAUACCCAAUCCCACGGGUAAAAUCAGCAUUGAUCAUAUGCAUCGUCCGUUUACAGAAGCGGAAAUCUUGCAUGUAUUUCGCACAUCACCCUUGACCUUCUUUGCGGAGCAGGUGCAGCCGUCCCAAUUGGAUGAAACACAGUGCCAAGUGGAGGUCAGUUGUCCGCUGACAGCUCAACUCCUCAUGAUCUACUAUCUGAUGCUGUACGAGGAUACGAGAUUGAUGAAUCUGAGUGCUUUGGGUGGACGCAAACAGAAGGAGUAUACGCAUAAUUUCCUGAGCGGUUUACCACUCAAAUAUCUGGUGCAAAAAGCCCAUCAAUAUCAUAGUGAUUAUCUGUCAUUAUUUCAUCCGUUGUUGCGUUUGAUUAUCUCGAACUAUCCGCAUCUCAGUAUGGUCGAUGAUUGGCUGGAGGAGCAUUAUUUGGUUAGCUCCUGUCUCAGUUCAUCCAGCAAUUAUGAGCUGCAGCCGGCGCUAUUAAGUCGCGCCCUGGACAUGGUGAAAGUAAAGCCACAUCUGGCCAUAAGGGUCUUCAAGCAUCUGCUGCAAUUGCCACCGGAAUCUUUGGCUCCGUAUGCGCCACAAUUGGUCAAACACUUGGCUCAGGUCUUUGACAAGGAUGUGCCGCGGUUUGUCAAGGACUUGUACAAUGAUCUCUGGCUGCGUCUCAAUGCGGUGCUGCCCACCACCUUCUGGAUCAUGUCCUUGCGGGCGAUCACCAACAGCUCGGAGUCCUUGAAUCGACGCACCUUUGCCAACGAGAGUCUGCUGGAGCCCAUGGAUGUCCUGGCUUGUCCCCGUGAGGUGUUCUGUUCGCCGUACAUGCUGGUGAUCAUGCUGAGGAUACUGAAGGGAAGUCUGGCCGCCUCCAAGACGUACCUCAAUGUGCACAUGCAGCAGAAGCAGGUGCUGGACAAGAAUGGAUUGGUGCAGACGGAUGCGGAUCGGGAGGAGCUGAAGACAACGUUGAUAGCAUCGCAGGAAAGCGCUGCCGUACACAUUCUACUCGAGGUGCUCGAGUUUAUGGAGAGCAAGGCCAAGAGUCGUGUGUCCAUGCUGGAAUUGCGAGAGAUACAGGGUAUUAUUGGCACCUAUGUGCAUCAGGCCUUCAUAACGGAGCCAUCGUUGGCCAAAUUGGUGCACUUUCAGACAUAUCCCAAGUCGGUAAUACCCAUGAUUGUGGCCAGUGUGCCAUCGAUGCAUAUUUGCAUUGAUUUCGUGCACGAAUUCUUGAAUGUCACCGAGAUGGAUAAACAAAUCUUUACCAUUGAACUGACAUCGCAUUUGGUAUUGAACUAUUCCAUACCCAAGAGUUUAGGUGUCUCCAAAUUCUGUUUAAAUGUCAUCCAGACAACACUCUCUUUGUUGACCACCUCCGCCAAGUGUAAAUUCCUUAAACAUGUGCUGCCCUCCAUGGUGCGCUUUGUGGAAACAUUUCCCAUACUCGCCGAUGAUUGUGUCAACAUUCUGAUGAACACCGGACGCAGUCUACACUCACAAUCUUCGCUGGGCGUGACCACCAUGCAGAUGCCUCUAACUGAGAGCGCCAAAUUGUGCUCAUAUCGGGAUGCCCAACUGCACAUCACGAUGAUCGAGGAUGCCUUUAAGGUGCUCGUCGAGGCCGUCAUGCAAAAGGCUGAACUCUAUUAAUAAAAACUCCCUAAAUAAGUCCCCUCUCUAUAAACCUCUGUAUCCCUCCUCUCCCCAACUAAUGUUAAGCACAAAGAUUUAUAUUAAUAACUAUGUAAGCUGUUUAAAUUAACUUUGUACCUCCAGUAUAUCAGUUAUAAAAAAUUAAA